CUUCUAAAUGUUGAUUCAUUUAAAACAUUUUGCUAAAUUUUGGAAUUAUAUUCUGUUACAAUUCAUAAACAAAGUCACAACAAAUUUUUAUUUCUAAUAAUUAGUCAAUUUUGAUUUAACAGAACAUACUUAAUAAAGUUAAAAUUAUGAAUUGGCAAAGCUGCAAAUUUGGCUUUACUGUUUUAUUGCUUGAAAUUGCUCUAAUUAUAGUUUUUACCUUUCUUGUGGAAUACAGUGAUGAUGCGGAUGUCAUUCGUACGAAUGUAACGGAAAAAAAGAAUAUAAUACAGGAUUACUAUCCAAUGUUCCAAGAUGUUAAUGUCAUGAUAUUUGUUGGAUUUGGUUUUUUAAUGACUUUCCUGAAGAAAUAUGGAUACAGCGCUGUUGGACUUAAUAUGCUGCUUGCUGCUAUUUCCAUUCAAUGGGCUAUAAUUAUGCAAGGAAUAUGGAAAAUGGUAGAUGGUAAGAUACCUGUAAAUAUCAUAAGCGUGAUUGGAGGAAAUUUUGCAUCUGCAACAGUUCUCAUUUCUUACGGAGCACUCCUAGGUAAAACUAGCCCAUUGCAGCUAGUAACAGUAGCUGUUUUAGAGAUAGCAAUAUUUGCUUGUAAUGAAUAUCUUGGAGUUCAAAUAUUAAAGGCUGCUGAUAUUGGUGGCUCAAUAUUUCUGCACACAUUCGGAGCUUAUUUUGGUCUCGGCGUAUCCUACAUGCUUUACCAAAAAGAUUCUGUUGAUAAUAACAAAGAGGGAUCGAAUUAUUACUCAGACAUAUUUGCAAUGAUAGGUACUGUAUUUCUAUGGAUGUUUUGGCCAAGUUUCAAUUCGGCAUUAGCGAUGGGGGCUGAACAGCAUCGCAGUGUUAUCAAUACUUUUGUAGCACUACUUGCUUGUUGUGUCGUUACUUUUGCCAUUUCUUCGUUGGCUGAUGGAGAGGGACGAUUGAAUAUGGUGCAUAUUCAAAAUGCAACUUUAGCCGGAGGAGUUGCUAUAGGUUCUACUGCGAAUAUGAUUAUACAUCCAGGAGGAGCCAUGAUUGUUGGAGGCAUUGCUGGCAUUCUUUCAACAGUCGGCUACAGAUCUUUAACACCCUCAUUAGCAAAAAAAUUUCAUAUUCAUGAUACAUGCGGGGUGAAUAAUUUGCAUGGUAUGCCGGGAGUGUUUGCCGGAAUUACGAGCGCAAUUGUUGCAUCAAUGGCAACUAAGAAGAAUUAUGGUUACAGUUUGUAUCAACUGUAUCCCUCCCGGACUCCUGCUGAAAAUACUACUCAGUUUCACAGUAUACAGAAUGUACUGACGGGAAUCGAACCGGGCGACAACUGGUCUGCAGCUAGUCAGGCUUAUGCUCAACUAGAAGCUUUAGCUGUUACCAUGGCUAUUGCUAUUUCUGGAGGUAUUACAACUGGUUAUAUCAUUCGUCAUCCGAUGUUUGAUUCACCAAAAAAGCAUCAACUGUUUGAUGAUACUGAUUAUUGGGAAGUUCCAGAAGAAGAUCAUCCAUAGAUAUAGCCUAUAUCAUAUUGUAUGAUACUCUAAAUCCGUAGUAUAGCCUAUUACUUACUAUAUUAUGCCUUUACGUAUUACAUUAGCAUCUUUUUUUUUUUUCAAUAUACAGGGUGCAAAGUAAUUCUGGAUCUCAUGAAAUAAAUCUUGAAUGUUUGGCAUUUUUAUGUUUAUGAGCAAUUAUUAGAUUAUAAUUUUAAGUUUGGAUGAUAUUUCGUGCACAUUGACGUGGGGGACAGUACGUGUAAGGCACGAUUGUUUUUGACAUUAAUUUUAAAAGUAGAAUAUGGCGAAGAAAAAAAAAGUGGGGGAAAACAAAAACUAACAGUGUAUCUGUAACAUUUGAAGUUGGUUUGUUAGAAAAAGUGAAAACUAAUUUUCUAAUGUUUAAGAAGAACAUUUAUUGUUCUUAAAAUACUGCCCUAAAACAAAAAAGUCUUACCCACCCUUUUGUGAUAAUGAUUGUGACAUCUCUCCACUUUGUAAGAUGUUUUUACCUCGAUUCGCUCAAUUAUUAAAUCACUCUUAAUGAAGACAAGGAAUUUUUUUUUCAGAUAUAUUAUUUAAUUUAAAUUCCUUGAUUAUUGAAAUAGUUACAAUUACAUAUCAACAAGUACAUAAGCUAUAUAACAACUCCGGAGCUGUAUUGCUCCCUACUUCCUAACUGCAUCCAGUCUCUCUGGUCUCCGCUUUCAAUCUCUCAUAAAAAUACUUUUUCUCACCAAAAAAAAAGUCCUUCACUUCUCCUUAGUCCACCCACACUCUAGGGCAGGGGUGGCGAACCUUUAUGCACCAACGUGCCAUUUUUUCUAAAAUAUAUUUUAAUGAAGUCAUAGACGUACCGACAAAUAGUUUUGACUCCGUGAUUAUUGGGUAAAUAAUAAUACUAAAUUUAAUCAACUCAAAACUCUAUAUUUCCUACGAAAAAAAGUUAUUCUCAACUUUUGCAAUGUCUCAGUUA